CAACGUCUCUCUCUGUAUCUCAAGCUUUCAAUGCCGUCGUUGAUUAACAAGGAACUCGCGAGGAGGAUUCUCAGUUCUCAACCCAAAAAGCUAAAGCAUGGAAGCUCAGUUCACCGGUAGAGCCACCGGAGCUUCCUUCCCCGGCCGAUUAGACAUAGAUCAGAUGCCGGAGACCCCACAUCGUGGAUCCCACCAUCGCCGGGCUCAGUCAGAGAUCUUCUUCCGUUUCACCGACGACAUCCUCUUCGACCCUGAUGUCGACUUCAACCUCUCUGCCCUAGACCUUCCUUCUCUCUCCGAAGACAACACCACCACCACUACUACCACUAACGACAACAACGACGUUGGUGUCCCCAUGACCGUUGAUUCCACCACCGGAGACAAGGGUAAGGGGAGGCUGGCAGUUGGGACCCAUUUCAGGAGCUUGUCCGUCGACUCCGAUUUCUUUGACGGCUUAGGGUUUCAACCGUCCCCUGUCGGUGGUGAUGGUGGGGGCGAAGCUGAUAAGUUUGGUGGGAGAAAUGGAGUCUCCGAGAAGAGGAUGCAUAGGCAUAGCAGUUCCAUGGAUGGGUCAUCGUCUUCUUUCGAGGUGGAGACGCUUGAUAGUACUAAGAAAGCUUUGGGACCCGAUAAGCUUGCGGAGUUGGCUUUGAUUGAUCCCAAGAGAGCCAAGAGGAUUCUUGCAAAUCGACAAUCUGCAGCGAGGUCGAAAGAGAGGAAGAUUCGAUAUACUAGCGAACUGGAGAGAAAGGUGCAGACACUUCAGACUGAAGCAACCACCCUAUCAGCACAGGUCACGAUGCUGCAGAGAGACACCACUGGAUUGACUUCUGAGAACAAAGAACUCAAACUGAGGUUGCAGGCUAUGGAGCAACAAGCGCAGCUAAGAGAUGCUCUGAAUGAAACCUUGAGGGAAGAAGUACAACGGCUCCGGAUAGCUACUGGCCAAGGCCCUGUUGUCAAUGGCAACUCCUUCACUCGAGGAUUGCCACCCCCAUUCUUCACUCCAUCCCAGACUUUGAACCAUUUUGGCAACCAUCAAACACAGCAGCAGCAGCAGCAGCUUCGCACUCAGUCAUCUCCCAAUGGCCCGACUCUAAGGGGACAGCCCCAACAGGAUUUCCAGCAGAGGACCUAGUAGGGUCCCUGGCCCUGCAAAUUUGGUACCAAAGUGUCCUUUUUAUGACAAAUUGGUGGUUGCAAGUCAGAAGGUAAAUUUUUAUUGGUUUUUUUUUCUUUGUAUAUACUAUGUAUAUUAGUAUAUGCAUAUGUAUAUGUGAUGGCAGGUAGGGGUUGUGAAGAGUGUCUUUUCUCUGAUCGGCCCUUUCCUUAGAAUAGGAUGUAGCUGAUGGAUUAGCUUCUAAUGGACCACCACAUGGAUGGAUGAUAUUUU